ACAUUCACUAUAAUGGAAACUAAAAUCCUUGAUAAUGCAGAUAAUAGAAAAUAGAUGCGUUGUACUAAUGAGAUACCACUUAUAGCGCUAUGAUACUGUAAUGGUUGUUAAGAGUGUCCUGUAUGGAAGUGGCUCAUCCAAACACGUCGACGCCAUGAACGGGACGCAACUUGUUGACGUAUCUCGCUUAUGUGGCACCGGAGUCGGGAUGCCGGAAGCCUUUUUAUCCAUGUGGUACCCGCGGAAUGCAGUGAUGAGCAGCAAAUGUCCUCCAGUGCUGCACCUGCCCAGCGUGGGAGAGCAGGCCCACCGCCUCUCAGUGCUGUCACAAACCUUCAUUGCAGCCUUCUCACAGCAGCCUCAGUUCUUUAGUCGGGCUCCAGGAAGAGUGAACCUGAUUGGCGAGCAUGUGGACUACUGCGGGUAUGCUGUGUUCCCCAUGGCUGUGGAGCAGGACAUCCUCGUUGCCGUGGCAACCAAUACCACUGGCAUGCUCAAUAUCUGCAAUGUAGAUCCAUCACAUGCUCCUUACUCAUGCGACAUUAAUAACUUUGAGAUCAACAAGGAGAGGCCGUCCUGGUACAACUACAUCCUGUGUGGUGUGAGGGGCAUCAAGGAUGAGGGAGGAAUGCAGAGCCCUUUCAUUGGCCUCAACUUAGCAAUCUGUGGCAACAUUCCUCCAUCAUCUGGACUCUCCUCUUCCUCGGCCCUGGUCUGUGCCUCAGCCCUCGGCAUGUCAUACGCCCAUGGCCUCUCGCUGGCCCUGGACACCCUGGCUGAGAUCUGUGGCCGCUGUGAGAUGCAUGUUGGGACCCAGGGUGGGGGCAUGGACCAGGCCAUUUCAUUCCUUGCCACCAAAGACACGGCAAAGCUCAUCGAGUUCAACCCGCUGCGUGCAACAUCCGUCGCCUUACCUCAGGGCGCUUCCUUUGUGGUGGCCAACAGCCUGGCCCCAAUGAACAAGGCAGCUAACUCUUACUUUAACUGCCGGGUCAUGGAGUGUCGCCUGGCCACUCAGGUCAUGGCCAAGAGAGCUGGAUUGCCAUGGAGAACAUUCCAGAAGCUUGGGGACCUGCAGCAGGCCCUGGGCAAGACUCUGCCUCAGAUGAUCAGCAUGGUGGAGGACACGUUUGAGGUGCGGCCGUACAGCAAGCGGCAGGUGUGUGAGCUGCUCAACACCACACCUGAAGAACUCAACCAGGUCUCCCUCUCAGAGAACACACGCCAUAUUCAGGAAUUCAAGUUACACGACCGGGCUCUGCAUGUGUUCUCUGAGGCUCACCGUGUGUGGGAGUUCAAGAAGGUGUGUGAGGAGGGAGGCCCCUAUGCCCUGCUUCAGCUGGGGAAGCUCAUGAAUGACUCCCACAGGUCAACACAGCUCUUGUAUGAAUGCUCCCACCCAAAGCUGGACACCCUGGUGGAUCUGUCGGAGAACCUGGCGCUGGGGGCAAGACUGACGGGUGCCGGGUGGGGUGGCUGCAUGGUGGCACUGGUGGAGGAUUCUAAGGUGGAACAGUACAAGGAGCACCUGUGGAACAACUUCUACAGCAAGGAGUCGGCAGCUGAGGGACGGGCGAGAGAGAGUGUCCUGUUUAGCUCUCACCCAGGCUCAGGAGCUUGUGUGUUUGUUAAGUAAGGGACUCGCUUAGUCUUUUCCUUCAUCUAGUGCCGAGAUAUACUAUGUGUGUAGAGGCUUCUUUCCUACUUACUGUACGAGUAUUGCCCCUAAUUCUUGGAUGCAGGGCCUCUGUGUAGAUUAGUGUGUGUGUGUGUAUGUGUGUUUGCAUGACACUGUGUGAAUUAGUGUGUGUGUGUGUGAGUGUGCUGGUGCUGUAAUUUAGGGUGGUGCUGCAUAAGUAUUGGUGUCAGACAUUACCAGCAGUGGGGCUAACUCCUGGCAAUCACUGGUAAGCUGGCUCUUCAUCAUCAUCUGAGUGGUGGUGUUGGCUGAGGUUUUUUUUUUUUUUUUUUUUUUCCUGUGUGUCUGACAGUGCUACUGAUGUGUCACCACCAUCACUGUGAAGGGUACAAAUUCUAAUAUGUUGUUAUGUAUUAUUAUUGUUGAUAUUAUUAUUAACCUGCAUGGAUAUGAAUCUUGUAUUAGUAGAAGUAACCAUGUCAGGUAUAAAUGUAUUUGGGAAAAGAGUGAUUUAGAAGGCUAUAUCUGGUGGUGUGCUGUGAUUGAUAUUUAUUUGGCUUUUCAUAUUACCUGGUGAUUCAUUGUUUGAGUUACUACUGGGUUUAUGGUGCACGGAAGAUUAUCUGUGGCAGUUCUGGCAUUAAGAGUGCCACAGGAGGCGACGCUUGACCAUGAGUGAGUGACAGUGAAUGGCUUGCAGUGAGGAGGUGGAUCAGUGACAGCAGGGAGGCAUCAGGUGGGGCUGAGUCGAGAUCAACAGCCACACUGGUUCCUUGCUUGACUGGCUUGUUGUCAUGUUCAGAAUGGGUGCUUCAAACUCAGAGGUUUUCAGUUUUUUUUACAAUGAUUUCUUUAUUAAAUUUGCUGUAAUAGAUGUAAAUAAAGGAGUAUUUGUCAAGUA